AUGACUGUGAGAGGAGGAGCAAGAGGGGUUGGAGCUUUAAGUUCGCAAGAUCAGCAAGGGGAACCGGAGCGUCCAAAUGAUAACUAUCAGACUUCAAGAAAGAAGUUACUACAGUCAGUCAACUAUAUUGUUGUUGAUUUGGAUGCUCUAGACGGAAGUGAAAUCCUAAGGUGUACACUGUGGGAAGAUUUUGCUCAACAAUUUUUACAAUAUGUUGCUGAAGGACACGAUGGUCCAGUGGUUCUUAUUCUGCAGUUGGCUAAAAUGAAAAUGUACAAAGGUCAAGAAAGCAUGCACGAAGCAACAAGGGAUUUGUGUCAGAAGAUUCUGGAUCGCUGUCUUAUGUGCAGUUCAUGUUUUACACCGCAAUUCCGCUCCUUGCUGUUGUUUAUGAAUGAAGACCAUUUGUUAAUCUUUUUUAGUAUUACACAAUAA